AUGUGCUGCCACCUCCGCGGGGCUCGCUCCUCGCGAGGUGCUCACCCCGUAUCUGCCAUGCAAAACUAGGGAGCGUUAUGAAGGAAUCCGUCUUGUAAAGCCAUUGGUCCUGGUCAUCAGCCUCUACCCAAUGCUUUCGUGAUGCUGCUGCUGAUCUAUUUGGGAAGUUGGCUGGCUGGCGAGGCAGAGCCUCUCCUCAAAGCCUGGCUCCCACGGAAAAUAUGCUCAGUGCAGCCGCGUGCAUGAAUGAAAACGCCGCCGGGCGCUUCUAGUCGGACAAAAUGCAGCCGAGAACUCCGCUCGUUCUGUGCGUUCUCCUGUCCCAGGUGCUGCUGCUAACAUCUGCAGAAGAUUUGGACUGCAUUCCUGGAUUUCAGCAGAAAGUGUUCCAUAUCAAUCAGCCAGCUGAAUUCAUUGAGGACCAGUCAAUUCUAAACUUGACCUUCAGUGACUGUAAGGGAAAUGACAAGCUACGCUAUGAGGUCUCAAGCCCAUACUUCAAGGUGAACAGCGAUGGAGGCUUAGUUGCUCUGAGAAACAUAACUGCAGUGGGCAAAACUCUGUUCGUCCAUGCACGGACCCCCCAUGCAGAAGAUAUGGCAGAACUCGUGAUUGUCGGGGGGAAAGACAUCCAGGGCUCCUUGCAGGAUAUAUUUAAAUUUGCAAGAACUUCUCCUGUCCCAAGACAAAAGAGGUCCAUUGUGGUAUCUCCCAUUUUAAUUCCAGAGAAUCAGAGACAGCCUUUCCCAAGAGAUGUUGGCAAGGUAGUCGAUAGUGACAGGCCAGAAAGGUCCAAGUUCCGGCUCACUGGAAAGGGAGUGGAUCAAGAGCCUAAAGGAAUUUUCAGAAUCAAUGAGAACACAGGGAGCGUCUCUGUGACACGGACCUUGGACAGAGAAGUAAUCGCUGUUUAUCAACUAUUUGUGGAGACCACUGAUGUCAAUGGCAAAACUCUCGAGGGGCCGGUGCCUCUGGAAGUCAUUGUGAUUGAUCAGAAUGACAACCGACCGAUCUUUCGGGAAGGCCCCUACAUCGGCCACGUCAUGGAAGGGUCACCCACAGGGACCACGGUGAUGCGGAUGACAGCCUUUGAUGCAGAUGACCCAGCCACCGAUAAUGCCCUCCUGCGGUAUAAUAUCCGUCAGCAGACGCCUGACAAGCCAUCUCCCAACAUGUUCUACAUCGAUCCUGAGAAAGGAGACAUUGUCACUGUUGUGUCACCUGCACUGCUGGACCGAGAGGCAAAGCCAAAUGCCAUGUUGUAGGGAAGCUCAAGUAGCUUCAUGGAGAAAUCCACAUGGCAAGGAACUGAGGCCACCUACUAACAGCCGGCAUCAAUUCUUUAGCAGUGUGUGUGAGCCACAUUGGAAGUAGACCUUCUAGCCCCCAUCAAGCUUUUAGAUAACUAUAGCCUCACCAACAUCCUGACUGAACUACACAGCUGAGCAGCUUCCAUAUCUGCAACCGACAAACACUGUGUGCAAUCAUAAAUGUUUAUAGUUGCUUUAAAGCACUAAGUUUGGGGUAAUUUUAUUCAGCAUUAGAUAACUAAUACACAUAGUGUGUUUCAUCAGCUAAAAUUGCUGCUGAUUUCUCUGUUACCUUCCAAACCUGGUGUGAGUAGCCGCUCCUCUGUGGACUUUUUCUGGUCUUCUUUGCAUGACUCAAUCCCUCCUCCUUCAUUUUCUCACACAGAUUGUUUAGCAUUCUAUGAAUGCCGCUAUCACAAGGAAAAGCAAUACUUUUAUUAUAGUCUCUCUCCUGUGUCAAUUCUAGGCUUCUUGAGAAAGUUUGCAAUGUAGGCAUUCUUCAAAGAGGUAUUGUUACCAGUAGGGGCUCAGAAGAUGGCUGAAUGAAUGAAGAGUGUGUGUUAGAACCUGGGGAAAUUUAAACUAAAUACAUUUAAAGUCAGUGACAUUUUCAAAGUAUAUUUGGCUAGAAAGACUACGUUCUUUAAAGGAGUUUAGAAGCAGUAUUAAUGGUACACAGUCUUUGUCCCAUUCUUAACAAUAGAAUAAUGAUAAUUGGUUGCUACUUUGGCAACAAAUUAGAGAGCCCUGGAAACAUUUCCAAAGGCAACUGGAAUGCUUAACUGAGCUAGACUGUUAAUAUCUAAUGCUAGCCUGCCUGUGGGCAUAUCACCCUGAAUUGCCUGAUCUCGUCUAAUGGCACAUGCUCAGAUAUCCUUGGUUUUAAAUAAAAAUUGUCUUAUCACUUAAUUUAAAAAUGUUUUGCUUAGUAAAAAAUUUACGAGGGCAGGUGCGGUGGCUCAUGCUUGUAAUCCCAGCACUUUGGAAGGCCGAGGCAGGCAGAUCAUGGGCUCAGGAGUUCGAUGCCAGCCUGGCCAACAUGGUAAAACCCCGUCUCUACUAAAGAUACAAAAAUUAGCAGGCCGUGAUGGCAGACACCUGUAAUUCCAGCUACUCAGGAGGCUGAAGCAGGAGAAUCGCUUGAAACCGGGAGGCAGAGGUUGCAGUGAGCCGAGAUCGCGCCACUGCACUCCAGCUUGGGCAACAAGAGCAACAUUCAGGUGAAAGAAAUAGAGAAAGAGAGGAAGGAAAGAAGGAAGAAAGGAAAGAAGGAAGGAAAAGGAAGGAAGGAAGGGAGGGAGGAAGGAAAGGAAAGGGAAGGGGAGGAGAGGGGAGGGGAGGGGAGGAAAGGGAAGGGAAGGGAAUACAUUUAAUAAAUGUGGAGUCUGCCAAAUCAGGUCAGCAGUUUACUUCUCCUGUCCCCGGUUCAAUAACUCACUUACUGGGGUUCUGGAGGAGAGCAGUGAGAAGACGGGGUAAAAAAUUAGAGAGAAGUUGUGCAUCGCCCCAUGCCUGCUUCUGUAGUGUGGUCCAUGCAUCCGCCCUUCGAUGCUUGGGUUGGAUCAUAGACCAGUGACCGUUGAUGGCUCACCCAGAUCCCCAGGAACCCACCACUCCCAUACAGGCCGUCGGCCUCUUAUUCCCUGCAGCUGCCUGCCUGGGCUUUCCUCUGACCAUGGGAGUGUGCUCAGUCUUACUGCCCAGGGAACAGCCAUCAGCUUUUGAGUGGCAAGAGUUGGUAGAUUACCAUCCCUUCUUCACCCUUUGAAUAGGACAACUUUGAGAUGUGUUCUCCCCAGUCUCCCAGAUGACCCCAGUGAGUUUGAACACCAGUUGUCCACAGAGAUAACCUGCCCAUUGCCACCUGUGUAUUGACUCUUUCACAUAUUCUGUCUCACUUCUCUUUCUCCCUCACUUGUGCUUCUUAAGAUUGUAUCCUGAAUAAGCUAUUUGCACUCAAGUAGGCAGAGAGAUGGCUGGAUCCAUUAUUCUCUCUUGUCUUCUAUAUUUUAGAUAUCUUGUAACAGGCACAAGGUACCACGUAGAGCUGAGGUGUAAUGACCCAGCUGAUCUGUUUGUACUUUGUCACGCUGCUAAUGGGUACCUGGAGUUGUGAGUUUAUGCAUAAGUGUGUACAUGCCAUCAUAGCUCUGUGUGCAUGAGUACCUGUGGGGUCUACGUAGCAUGCACACAUCACAGAAACCCUCUGCCCUCCCUUCUCAUUCCCCUAUUUGAAGCCAAGAUUCCAUAAUCCCUCUACUCAACCCUCUUCUUCCCCAGCCCCCAGGGGCUUCCCAUACUUAGGGUCACCCUUUCUUACCUCGGAGUUUCAAAGGUGUAAGAGCUGAUGCCCACCUUGAUGGUAUUCACAUCGUGUAGCAGGGAGGCAGUCAUGGAAAUGACUCUUUACAGCAGGAUGAUAUGUGGGACAUGCCAUGGCCAGGGAAGUAACUUUGUCUCAAGGGGAUCAGGAAGAUGCCCAGGUAUGGGAUAAGUUGAGCAAAAGAUAUUUGAGCACUGAUCUGCACACUUUCUCUGUAAAGGGCCAGAUAGUAAGUAUUUUAGAUUUUGUGGGCCAUAUGGUGGCUGCUGCAACUAUGCAACUUUACUUUUUUGUAGCACAAAAGCAACCAUAGAUACCACAUAAAUGGAUGAGCAUGGCUGUGUUCCAAUAAAACUUUAUUUACAAAAGCAGAUGGUGGGCCAGAAUUGUCCCAUGAGCUGUGGUUUGCUGACCUCUGAUUUAAAGAGUGGGAAGUAGAUUUCUGGAAAGAGAGAAAGGAAGACUAUUUCUAGCAGAGGGAAGAAAACAUAUAAAGGCAAAGAGUGGGAAACCAGAGGGAAUAAGACAAAUUUGAUUUACCAAAAAGUCCUUUUUGUGGUAGUGAAUGAUACUAAUAAUAAAAACUAAGUUUUAUUAAAGCCUUAUUAUGAGUCAAGCAUUGGGCUAAAUAUUUUUUGUGGAUUCUCAUUUAAUUAUUACUCUCUCUGAGUUUGUAGGACCUUGUUUUCCUCAUGGCACACACGAGGAGUAAAUUAAGCUCAGAGAGGGUAGAUGACUGGCUCAAGGUCACACAGCUACCAGCUGACCAGGUGGCAAGACCCCGAUCAGAAUAUUAGGAGCAUGGUAUAGUAGCCAGCAUACCUCCUUGUAUCUAUCAUUAGCCCUGCUUUAAUGGACUUUUUCAGAAGUGUUUUUGCUUGUGUUUUACAAGUGGAAUGUGAUUCCUUGACUCAGCCCAGUAGCCCUGUGAAUGGAUGGCUGAAAUGAGUCUGACAGCUUUUUCUCCUGGGGCCAUUUUGUAAGAAAUAAAAGCAAAACAGUGAGAUAUUUAAAUUCUUCAGGGAUAUUAUUUUCAAAUAGAUAAAGUGAAGAACAUUUUUUAUUCAUAUGAGAAGUGAUAGUUGGAUGUGUGUAAUUUUUUUGCUCUCCGAGAUGGAGAGAGAACACAGCACAAAUCUUAGAAUGUAAAAUAUGAAUUUAGAUGACAUUUUGAGAAAACUGAUAAACACCACCAUUCCACAAUUGGACUUAACUUGCCUGUGAAAAUCCUUCUGCAGCCCACAAAAUGAUAAAGAUAAGUGGACUACAUCUAAUGGAUAUUAAAAAUACACAACACACCAAUGAAAGAAUAAUUUUCUUUUGCAAAGUUUUCAUUUCUCAAAAUGCUAUCAGGAAAAGAGAGCUAUCUUGACAGCUAACAGUAACCCUUGGAAUAAGGAUAUGUUAGAAGAGAAGGGCUGCAGUAGUUGUGAAAUCCUACCUGGAAUCUACCGCUGGACAGAAGACCCAGGGAUCAAGACUCAAAGCUGAUGCUCUCAACACCGAUGUUUCAUCUGCAAUGUACCACGAGGUCCUUGUCCACCUACUUCUAGAUAGAGCCAAACUGUCUAAGCCAAACGGGGUUUGGAUUUCUUUCACCACCCACCUGUGCAGAUGAUUAGUUUGAAAAAGUAUAUCUUAAAGAAAAAUAAAUGCAGAGAACUAAGUAAGAACAGUUACAUGUACUAAAGGUCUUUCAGAAAAUCAAUAAUGUAGGUCAGUGCAUUUCAGAGUUUGGAAUUUCACACAAAAUUUACCCUUGAAAACUUUAGAGAGAAGACUACCAUGCCUAUUCUGUCAUGUAAGGACAUCUAAAGAAGAACUGCACACAUUGGUAUUACCAUCUUCCCACACACACACACACACACACGGACACGCACACAUGCACACACAUGCAUGCACACAGACACAUGCACACACACGCAUGCACACACACAUGCACACGCACACGCGCACAGACGCGCACUUACGCACACAUGUGCGCGCACACACAUGCACACACGCUCACACACACACAAUGGUUCGUGGCCGGGUGCGGUGGUUCACACCUGUAAUCCCAACACUUUGGGAGGCCUACACGGGCAGAUCACCUGAAAUCAGGAGUUUUAGACCAGCCUGGCCAACAUGACAAAACCCCAUC